GAAAAAUGUACGCUGUAAUAGGUCGGCGUCAUGGCAAGAUUCUUUCUGGCGAUUCAAUCCAAGGCAGUGGCAACUUUUCUGUGUUGGCCAUCUUACCCGUCAUUGAAUCGUUCAAUUUUGCACAGGAAAUACGAAAGCAAACGUCGGGACUUGCCAAUCCACAAUUGAUGUUCAGCCAUUGGGAGGUAAUCAACAUUGAUCCGUUCUGGGUACCGACCACCGAGGAGGAGAUUGCACAUUAUGGCGAAAAGGCAGACUCAGCGAACCGGGCCAAAGUAUACAUGGACAGCGUGCGCCGACGCAAAGGACUCUAUGUGGACGACAAGGUUGUGGAGCAUGCGGAGAAGCAGCGCACUUUAUCGAAAAAUAAAUGACACUCUCACUCUCCAAUGAUGCCUGUGUAUUCCAUUUGUGUUUGUGUAGUUUUCAUUUUUAAAAAUUGUAAUUUUAUUUGAAUAAAUUUUUUAACUAAAUUAA